AUGCAUAAUCUACGCUCAAACAGCGUGAACAGUUCAAAUAAUGAACGAUUGGAUAAUGUAGAUCGUGACGUGCUUAUGGAGGCCUUCGGCUCUCCUGAUAUGGACCCAAUAAACAGCAUACCAGUAUCUCCAUUAGAAUCGGUUCCUUUUUAUGACAAUUUCAUGGAUAUCAAAAGGAAUUCUAGUUGGCUGAUUAAUAGAAGGAGUCAUUAUAAGCACUUCAAUGAAUUGAGCUUGGAAGACCGGUGCAAAUUUUAUUUUCGCACCCUUUACACGCUGGACAAUGACUGGUCUAAUAGUGUUCAUAAAUUAAUGUACAGCAUUAAUGAUAAUGAAGAAGUUGAUGAUGUUAAGGGUGCAGAUGGAAACCCAAUGGAUGAAGAAUCCGAGAAGCUAUAUCGCCGAAGAAACGAUAUGUUCUUAGGGUUUGAGAGAAUUAGAGCGUAUGAUAAAUGUUUUAUGCAAGGAAAUCCUGUCAAUAUUCAAGAAAUAUUUCCUAAAAGUGAUAAAGUUCAAAAGGAAAAGAUUCAAUCAAAAUUAAUUGAAGCAUUGAAUGUCACACUUUUGAAGGAUACGAAUAACUAUAAGAACUAUGACCAAUUUGAAUUCGAGCACAAGAUGUUUCCUUUUGUAAAUAACUUCACCGCCGAGACAUUUCACGAAAUAAUUCCAAAAAUCACAUCACCUUUUGGAAAAGUGCUUGACCAAGGCUUAUUACCCAAGUUCGAUAAUAAAGAAAAUAAAGUACACGAAUUCUUUAAAUACGAAUAUAAUCCAUCAAAAACUUUCUGGUCGAAUUGGAGAGACAUGAGCGCUAAAGUAGCAAACCGCGGUAUUGUGUUGAGUUUAGGUUCUAAUCAAUUUCCAUUGGCCGUGAAGUUUAUAGCUGCUCUAAGAUUUCAGGGGAAUACUUUGCCAAUUCAAAUAGUCUACAGAGGCAACGAACUGUCACAAGAAUUAGUUGACAAACUUAUAUUCGCUGCAAGAAGCCCUGAUUUCAAACCAGUUGAGAAUAAAUAUGACAAUUCCACUAACGUUCCACAAGAGAUUUGGUUUCUUGAUGUCUCUAAUACUAUACAUCCCAAGUGGCAAAAUGACUUUGACAGUUAUAAAAGUAAAUGGCUGGUAGUUCUGUUUAAUCUUUUCAAAGAAUUUGUCUUCUUAGAUAUUGAUGCCAUUAGUUACCAAGAAAUUGAUAAAUAUUUCGAAACUGCGGAAUACCAAAAAACGGGAACUGUUUUUUACAGAGAAAGAGCCCUCAAAGAAAAUGUGCAUGAAAGAUGUAUUGCCAGGUAUGAGACUCUAUUACCUAGAAAACUUGAGUCCAAAAAUUUUAAAAGUUCACUCCUAAUCGACGCUGAUCGUGUUCUCAGUGGAUGUGAUAACGAUUUGAAGCCCGAGGAGCAUAUAUUCAAAGCUUUCUUUCAUCAUAGAAGACAGCACCAGUUAGAAGCUGGUUUAUUUGCAAUAGAUAAAUCAGAACAUACAAUUCCUCUGAUUCUUGCCAGUAUGAUUCAUUUGGCCAAACAUACGUCUCAUUGCACACACGGUGAUAAAGAGAAUUUUUGGUUAGGAUUUUUGGCUUCUGGCCACCAUUACGCACUGCAAGAAGUAUAUUCUGGUGCCAUUGGCGAUUAUGUUAAAAAAACUGAUUUGAACGGGAAGAGGCAAGAGGCAGCAAUUGAGAUAUGUUCCGGACAAAUAGCUCAUAUGUCUACUGACAGAAAAACGUUACUCUGGGUGAAUGGUGGGGGAACGUUUUGUAAGCACGAAAACUCUGCUAAGGAUGAUUGGAAAAAAGAGGGCGAUUUUGAAAAAUUUAAAGAAAAAUUCAAGGCUUAUGAAGAUAUGGAAGAGUAUUAUUACCUUACCCCAAUUAGCAGCAAAUACGUGAUUUUACCUGAUCCAAAGUCGGACGAUUGGCAUAGAGCUUCUGAAGGAGCUUGUGGUGGCUAUAUAUGGUGUGCCACUCACAAAACCAUUCUGAAACCGUACAGUUAUAACCAUAGGACGAGUCACGGCCAACUAAUUGCUCUGGAUACUGACCAGCGCCUUCACAUUGACGCCGUCAACACUGUCUGGUCACAUGCUAAUAAAGAUAAAACCAGAGCAUUUACUGAAGAUGAAAUAAAACAACUAGAAACCCCAGGGCAUGAGUAA